AUGACGGUGCGCUUUGCGGUGUAUCUUUAUUGCAACAGUAAGAAAAAGCUCGUCACGAUUAUUAGAAAUCUUAUCCCAGUUGACUGGGCACUCAUAAAGAGAUGCUCUCUAGUUGUCUCUUUCAAGAUCACGUGUCAACAGUGUCUAUCCCCUUCAGUGGUACAUCCUGUAAAAAGAAGCUCAUGGAGUGGUGUGCUUUCACAGAAGUCGCUCAAUGCACCGAACAUGAUCAUGGCUCCACAGUGGGAAUAUCAAAUACAAGGGAAACGAAUCUCCGAUCAGACGGUACUGUUGAAUUGUACAUUGAUGCCACAUAUCACGUAUCGAAACGCGAUGCCAACCUUCCAUCAUUGGCGCAUCAAAGAUCAACGUUUCGGGCUUUCAUUCGGUUCGGCCUAUGAUGCCUCCAAAUUCUACAAUCGUCUUCAGAAGGCAUUGGAACAUUUGUGCCAUCAAAGCAAAUCAAGUGAGUUGUAUUCAAAAGGAACAAACUCAUCUUGUGUUUAA